AAUGAAACGCAGGCAUAAACGGUGGGUACAGGGAACAUCGGAAAACGCUUCUGGAUUUCAAAUCUCUCGCCGGCUUCCGGUUCUGAAAAACAUCGGAAUCGCAAUUUCUCCGGUAGAUGGAGGCUAUUAGGAAACAGGCGACGAAGCUUAGAGAACAGGUCGCCAGACAACAGCAGGCUGUUCUUAAACAGUUUGGAGCUGGGGGAUAUGGAGGUUCAGAUAAUAUAAUUGCUGAUGAGGCAGAACUUCAGCAACAUCAAAAACUUGAGAAGCUUUACAUCUCAACACGUGCUGCCAAGCAUUUUCAACGGGAUAUUGUUCGUGGUGUAGAAGGACAUAUUUACACUGGGUCCAAACAAGUUGAAAUAGGGACAAAGUUGUCUGAGGAUAGCAGGAAAUAUGGUUCUGAAAAUACAUGUACUAGUGGUAAUACAUUAUCAAAAGCCGCUCUUGGUUAUGGGCGUGCUUGUGCUCAGAUGGAAAAGGAGCGUGGGAAUCUAUUGAAGGCAUUUGGCACACAGGUUGCUGAGCCAUUAAGAGCAAUGGUAAUGGGAGCUCCUUUAGAGGAUGCACGGCAUCUUGCCCAGCGAUAUGACAGGAUGCGACAAGAAGCUGAAGCUCAGGCUAUUGAAGUUUCAAAACGCCAAGCAAAAGUGAGGGAAACACCUGGGAAUGCUGAGAAUGUUAUGAAAUUGGAAUCUGCAGAAGCAAAACUAAAAGAUCUGAAAUCAAAUAUGGGAAUUUUAGGGAAGGAAGCUGUAGCAGCAAUGGCUGCAGUUGAAGUCCAACAACAAAGAUUGACUCUUCAGCGACUUAUUGCUAUGGUUGAAUCUGAACGUAUUUACCAUCAGAGAGUCUUGCAGAUACUUGAACAACUUGAAAACGAGAUGAUAUCAGAGCGUCAACGAAUUGAAGCGCCCCCUAGCCCAAGUGUGGAGAGCAUGCCACCACCUCCUUCAUAUGAGGAAGUUAAUGGAGUCUAUGCUUCUCAAAUGCACAAUGGGUCUACAGACAGCAUGGGAUACUUCUUAGGAGAGGUUAUGCAUCCAUACAAUGCUGAAUCUGAUGUGGAGCUGACUUUGUCAAUUGGUGACUAUGUUGUUGUCCGAAAGGUAACAAAUAAUGGCUGGGCUGAAGGCGAGUGCAAAGGAAAAGCUGGUUGGUUCCCUUAUGGAUAUAUCGAAAGAAGGGAACGUGUACUUGCAAGCAAGGUGGCGGAAGUUUUCUAAAGUUUUCUGGUCAUUGGCUUCCAGGAAGAAUACUUUGUGUGUAUUUCCGCCUCUUAUGUGUAUUCAAAGCCAGAGGGUAUGUUAUCGCCGACUCUUAGAAAAUUGCUUCUCUACCUACCUAUAUUUGAUGUCUUAUAGAUACCAGGAAUUUCUUUCUUUUUUCUUUUUUAAUUUUGGGUUGCAUAACGAGAGACAAUUCUCUCAUAUCCACUCACAUGUAAUAUAACUUGAAUUCAAAAUUUUUUAUUUCAACGGAAUGAGAUUACUAUUAAACUACUUAAAUCAUU